AUGCCUGUCAUAACGCUAAAUCGCCAACUCAUCCGCUCUGAUGAUUUCCGCGUGGACGUUGUACGCAUCGAAAGAUCGGAAAUAGAGGCGUUGCUUCGACGCACAGUAGACUUAAACCACCUAAACGAAGAACUCGUUGAACUCAGAGAUCUGGCCAAGGUCGGACCCGGUGAUGGAUCCCUAUCGAAAGAGUUCUGA